GUCGGUUCGGCUUCCUCGCGAGUUGCAACGCAGUAUUAAUAGCGACGGCGCCGGACGGACUACUUCACCCUCUCGUCUGUGCUCACGCGCGGCGCUGCUAGAACUGCACCGUCGCUAUGGAGAACUGCGGCGCGCUCGGCAUCGUGGACAGCGCGAACGGCGUCGUCGAGUCGGCGGUUCUCGUCGAUGGUCGCCGUUCGGCCGUGAACGGCGUCGUCGAGUCGCCUGAGAAGGACGUCGUCGAGCCGCCUGAGAAAGACAUCAUCGACUCCGACGCGGUGCUCGGCGUCGUCGAGUCGGCGGUUCUCGUCGAUGGUCGCCGUUCUGCCGUGAACGGCGUCGUCGAGUCGCCUGAGAAGGACGUCGUCGAGCCGCCCGAGAAAGACAUCAUCGACUCCGACGCGGUGCUGUCGGAGGUGCUUGCCGCGGAGGACGUCGUUUUGCAUCAGCCGGACGACGUGCUGCCAGAGUCGCAGCCGAACUCCAUCACGCAGGACUCGGAGCUCGCGCCAGACUCCAUGGAGAUGGUCCCUGAUUCUUUGCCGCCGGACUCCAUCACGCAGUUUUCUGAAGCGUUUGUAUGCCGUUCGUGUGGUGACGUCCAUGAGAAUCGCGAAGCGUGGAACCGGCGACACUCGCGGUUCUACCCAUGCGGUCUUUGUGGUCUGAUCCAUGAGGAUUUCGCCAUCAGCGUCGUGCUCGGCCUCGUGGACAACAAGACCAUAGUGAAGUCCCUGGCUAAUUGCGAACGUUUUGCAGUGCACUAUCCCGGCUGGCUGCCGACUGAGGAGGACGGCAAAGCAACGCAAGAGUAGCUUCCGCUUCCUGUAGAAGAAGAGGAUCACAAGAGAUGCAAGAUGGCAACCGAUCCUGCCUUUCCAAUGUUUCUUUUUUCAUGUGAGGUAGCUCAUAUUUGUUGGAACCCUUUACUUUCAUGGCUUCUAUGAACACAUCUUGUAGCGUUAGAAAGAUCCGGUUUGCACGGUGUGGCGAGAACUCCAUGAACGACUGCAAAAUAGUUGAACAACAAGUUUGAGUGAAUGAGAAAUUUUAUGGACCAAUU